CAUCAAUAUGGAAGCUGACGUGCGAGUUAUAUUUUUUAUCUUCUUUUUAUUUACAAUUUCUAGUGUAGUAUCAGAAACUGUAGAAGGCCUUUAUGACAAAUCGGAUCUAAUAACAUGUCUGAAAUCAAAUGACUUCAACCAAACCAUAUCAAAGUCUUCAAAUCUGUGGUUGGUGGAGUUCUACUCCAGCUGGUGUGGGCAUUGUAUCAGAUAUGCUCCAACUUGGAAGGAACUUGCAAAUGACAUCAAAGGUUGGCACAGUGUUAUAAACAUUGCUGCAGUAGAUUGUGCCCAGGAGUACAAUACCAAAAUAUGCUAUGAGCAUGACAUCAAGGCAUUCCCAACGAUCAAGUAUUUCAAACCACACACAAAAACCAACAUGAACGGAUUCAUAAUUGACCAGAAGUUCACAGAUGCUGACACCAUAAGGGAACAUAUACUUGACCUCAUUGAAAGGUAUCAGAACUCCACAGAGUACAAGCAAGAUCCUCCAGAAUGGCCAGUCCUUCGCAAGUUGAGAAAAGAUGAGGAUAUUUGGAAGACAGCUCCUAAAGGCACAGAAUUUGCUGUUGUGAUUGUGGAAGAAAAAUCUCCUGUGUCACUUACUGGACGACAGGUAAUGCUAGACUUGUCUCAGUUCAAAACUCUACAUGUGAGACGUAUGCUGGAAGACACCAGACCUGACUUGAAACUCCAGAUUGAGGACUAUCCUGCAAUAUUUGCUAUAUCAAGGCAGGGUAAUUGGAAACGUAUGGGAGAAGAUGAUACUGAGAGGCAAGACAUAGUAGUUACUUUAAAAGAUCUGAUAGGUGUUAAACACACAGAAUCUGAGUCUCAAAGACAACUAGUCCACUUCAAACAGAAGCCCAUAGCAACAAGUAAGACAAUGGGCGCUCACAUGCAAGAUCUUCUAUCAACAUUGGCAUACUCCCUCCGACAGGAAAUUGCACAUCACCAAAACAUCAUGGGUGAACAUCUUUCUGCACUAAAAGAUUACAUAGUUGUACUGUGCAAGUUUUUCCCUGGAAGUGAGGAAACAAUUAAUUUUUUGAUGAAACUACGGAACUGGCUGGCGACUAAGGAGAUAAGUGUUUCUGGUCAAGAGUGGCUCCAGUUUAUAGAUUACAACAAUGACAUUACAACACAUACACAUUUCCCGACUGUCAUUAAAUGGACAUGUUGUCAAGGUAGCAAGCCAAACUUGAGGGGAUAUAAUUGUGGUUUGUGGACCCUAUUCCACACACUGACUGUCUCAGCUAUGAUACAACAAGAAGAUGACGAGAAUCCUGACUCAAGAGAGGUUGCCAUGGCAAUGAAAGGUUACAUCACCAACUUUUUCGGCUGUAAAGAAUGUGCGAAAAACUUUAAGUACAUGGCAGUUACCAUUGAAAAAGAAAUCCACUCAUUAGAUGAUGCAGUAUUAUGGCUCUGGAGAUCCCACAACAAAGCAAACAAACGUCUCCAUGGUGAUCCAUCAGAAGAUCCAGUGUUUCCAAAAAUCCAGUUUCCAUCAGUCAAAGAUUGUCCACAUUGUCGGAAAUCCACAAUCGAACAGUCAGAUGUUCCAAAAUGGAACGACGAGGAAGAAAUACUAGAUUUUUUAGAAGAUUUCUACUCACCUGAAAAAAUAAUAAUGGACGUUGAAAAUUAUCAAAUCGCGAAAAAAUUUAUCAAAAAUAAACCCAAUGAUCCCAGAAGAGAAAACGGACCAAAUGAGAGAGUAAAUCCAAAAUUUGCAAGACAUUUCCAAAAAGAAAGGACAGAAAGAAAUCCUAAAGGAAGAAAAAAAUAUGAAAAUGAUUUGCGUUAUUUGUCCAGCAUUAAUACAUCUAAGGGCUGGAUCAUGGACGGUUAUGACAUUGGAAUAUGCAUCGGUUUCUAUGUCAUUUCUGCUUUUAUUUUAAUGCUUAUCUACUACCAUUUUAGUGUUAAUAGAAAAAUGAGACUGGGCUGUCCCAAAAGGUAGAAACUGAAGAAAGUUUGGCCAAAUCGGUUCGCCCAUUUAAAUGAAACUAUAUCCGAGGAAUUUUAUGUGACUGCAUUAAACUGUUAAGUAGUCUAGUCUGUUAGUAUAGCUAGUUUAUCAUGCCAAAAGUAGACUAACCAAAACAUUAUAUCCUUACUAAGUUUAACAUCUUUUGGAACGAUAGAAUAUUAAAAUACUUUCAGAUUCCAAAAGUUGUUUAACUUUGCAAAUGGGCUAAACUCACAGUUGAAGUUUUGAGGAACAGUGCUGAAUUUCAGUUAAUACCAAAAAUGAAGAUCAACCUAUAUUUGUUCAAUACAGAUUUCCAUAUGUACCAGUUUUCUUUAUUCAAUCUUAUUUGAAUGAUGAACAGCUUAACUCAAAGUAUCAAUAAAUCAGGUUGGGAGAGGGACCAAAGAAUAUUUACAUUAGGCCUAACCUCUUGAAUACCUUUUGUCAUUUUUUGCUUGCUUAUCUAAAAUAUACAAUGUUCCAUGUUCAUUUUGGAAAUAAUUAAAUAACAUCCACUUUAAUAAAUGUUUUGUGUAAAAACAAAACUUGUUAAAGUUAGAAGCAUUUUAGGGAGAAAUUCUGUGACUAAUAUAGUUGGCACCGUGGGUAUUCAAGGGGUUAAACAUUUUAUCCAGUUCAGCUUAGAGUUCUAGUCAGCUAUAAUUUGCCUAAGUAUAUGUAUAUGCCUUAUUUGGCAUUAGGGUGCAGGUCUUGGUACUUGUCUAUAGACAAAUGAAAUACUAUGGAUACUCUGAUAGUUUCAAUAAGUAUAGAGAAUUAACAGGAAAGGUGUGGUGUACAGAUUGACCCAGAGCCUGUUAAUUUUGAUUUGGACCAGAUAAUUUUUCAGCAUUACAAAGGAAAAUAACAUGACAACUGGGCUAAAUUUCAAUUCUCACAAAUAACAUGUUGUCUGAAAUUCUUAUGACACACCCUGCUCAGUAUUCCAGAAAUACUUACUUUUAGAUUGAAUACAGUAUUGUUGUCUGGUGUACUGCUGAUAUAUACGUGCUUGUAAAGAAUGCUUUAUAUUUGUAAUGUAUUGUCAUAUGAUGAAAAGCCAUGUUGGUGUUGAUGAUCAGAUUUCCCAGAAAUUCCCCAGAGAAAAGGUUCAUUAGAAUGAAGAAUUUUAGUUUAUUAACGCAUACGUACAUUUGCUACAUAUCAUAAAAACCUAAUCAAUAGGGCUGCAGAAAUAAAUAUUUUCAGAUAUGAAUGCCAUGCGAUGGAGUCAUAUUGCUCACAUGAUCUGAUUAAGAGUUAGAUUUUAAAUAUUCAUAUACAUAUAACAGCUGAAUGAAUACCAUGUAAAAGGAAUUAUUCUAUUGAUUCUGCAGUAUUUCGAUAGCAACAAAUAUUGUGGGACUGUCAUAUAAGGUUUGUCAUAUAUAGAUAUAGGCCUACAAACAAUCUCCAAAUUUUGCCAAUGGAGAAUAUAACAGGACUUGCAUAUUUUAGUUAAUUUGUGAAUUGCAAAAUCAUAUGCCCAGUAAGAAUGUCUGAUUUAUAGCUCAUUCUUCAUUUUUGCCAAUAAUUUACAAACAUUGAAAUUAAUUUUCAUGCAAAGUUUCAAAUAAAUGAUAUUGAUAUUUGCUCACUGUUAUGCUUUGGUGCUCUAUGGCAAUCUACAAUAAUUAAAAUGGUUGGGUAAAAUGAUAUUGGUCAGCCUUCGGCCAAUCAGGAUGCAGAAUUUCAAUGAAGUGUCUGAUAAAAGAAAAUAUUUGAUUCUGCUUAUUACAACUAAUUUUAUUUUAAUCAACAUGUAUUAUUCAAGCUUGUCUCAGCUGUUUGUGAAACAAAGCUGUUUACCAAUUAUCAUACAAAUAAUUAAUUUUUAAGUUGGCUCGACCUGAAUGAAAAUUCUCUAUUUGUAUGUCAUCACCAUUUUAAUUUCAUCACCAUUUUGUGAUACUGACAUUCAUUGGUUGGAUGUUUGCAUACAGUGAAUUGUAACAUCUUUUUAACCAUUUGCAAUAACUUACUAAGUGGCAACAUUUUGUCAUGUAACUGCCUCGUGAACAAUGGAUGUGAUCCUGACUGGUAUUUUGAUUAUUCCUUAAAGCACAUUUAUGAAAUUGAGUUCAAUAAAGAGUUUACAUAUUUGGCUAUUAGCUUUUAGGUAUGGAAGAACUUGCUUAAAAUGUCAUUUAAAUAACAAUGCCUUCACUGUCUGAAAUAGUCGGAGAAUAGAACUAGAUUGUAUAAUUAGAUUAUAUAUUUGUGUAAAGUGCCCAUAAAUGGAUGUUUUAGUUUAGCAUAUGUAAGACAAGAAAUUCUGAUGAAUGCAUCUAAUGGUUUUGAACUGUUGAAGCCAUAUAUGCAGUUUGAAAAGUUCUGUCAUCAUCAAUGACAUAUAAAUAUUUUUUAACAAAAGUCAAAAAAGAAAAAAGAACCAGCCUUGAAUAGUUGAUUGGAAUAUUCAGAUAUAUCAUUUGAUUAUAUUAAUACAAAAUUAUAGUUUGGCAAUGAAGGGGGUUAUAUUCAAUUCAAAGUAAAAUGCUAAUGCAUUCAAAUACAUGUAUAUAUGUAUUCCCUGUUCUGUACACAUGCUUUAUGUUGAAGGAAGAAGUAAUUGAUCUCAAAAGGUGCUUAUGUUAUAAAUAUAGAACUUAUUGAUCACCCCUCGUAUAACAUAAUUAGUAGGAAGGUGUUUAACUUUGUGAUUGUGAGUAGAGUUGAUGAACUUUGGAACCUAUUUGCAGGUGAUGUUAAUUUCAAACUUUCAACCCAGAAGAGUUAUUUUACAUGGCCGCUUACUUGAAAUGUUCUAUAACAAAUUGCAAUUCAUUCAUUUACAAAGCUCUUCAUCUUGCUAUUCUCCUGUUAGGAGUGGGUGGAUAAUUAAUUAAAACAUGUGAAAGUAAAACUGGUUUAUUCAAGAAUGUCACUAAUCCAAUGAACAUGUUUUGUUUAAAUUAGACCUAUCGUCACCAUGGUGCUGGAUUUUAAAAAUAUAAGUCAUCUUUCAAAUCAAUAAUAUUAGUUAUAAUCUAUGUAUAUUAUCUAAAUAAAGCUCAUUAUGUAUUUAUUGUAUCUUAGAAAUAAUGUGUAUUGUUAAUUUUCUCAACGAUGGAGUUUUAUUACAGAUAUAGCAUCUGUACGUUCCUUCAACUGUUCCCUCAUUAUAGCAAUAAUGCUAUUACUGGUGGGACCCUGAGAUUUGGAUUGUUUAAAUAUGGCUGCUAUCAUGUAAAAAUGGCCAUCACUUGACCCGAGUAAUAUUCAAAGAGGAUACAAUGGGCUUCUCCAGAAUGGCUGC